AUGGUCAAAUUAACUUCAAUCGCUGCCGGUGUCGCCGCCAUUGCUGCUGGUGCCUCCGCCGCAGCAACCACUACAUUAUCUCAAUCUGACGAAAGAGUUAAUUUGGUUGAAUUAGGUGUUUAUGUUUCCGAUAUCAGAGCUCAUUUGGCUGAAUACUACUCUUUCUAA